AUGGAAUCGGGAUUUAAGGACAACUACAAUGUCUUCCGCAACGUGGUGAAGGACUUUGGCGCGGACAACACUGGAUCCAUGGAUGCGUCUGCUGCCAUCCAGGCAGCCAUCACAGCGGGGCCAUCGAAUGGACCUGACCGUAGCUCCCACUCAAUGGGAACCACCGGACAGCCCGCGAUCGUCUAUCUACCAGAAGGAACUUACCUGCUGAAACACUCCCUGCAGUUCUAUGUCGGUACCGUGUUGGUUGGUGAUCCGACAAACCCCCCGACUCUGAAGGCGGAGUACGAUUUCGCAGACGAUCAUAUGAUCUAUGCCAAAGAUCCCAACUACGGCGGCACAAUCAACUUCUAUAUAGGGAUGAAGAAUAUCGUGCUCGAGUCGAACAAUGUGGAUCCGAACAAGGCCAUCACUCUCCUAGACUGGACCGUCAGCCAGGCCACCCAGCUCACAAAUGUCGGGUUUAACAUGCCUCGGGGCUCAUCUCAUGUCGGGUUGACCACGCAGUACGACUAUAACAGUAAUUUGAUUUUGAAUGACCUCUGGUUCAGUGGCGGAUCGGUUGGAAUGAAAUUGAGUGGCCAGCAGUGGGUUUUUAAGAACCUGAAAUUCAUGGGCACAACGACCGGUGUGAUUGCCGGGGGAACUGAUAUCGUGUUCUUGGGGUGUCAGUUCGAGCAGGGUAACUUGGGAAUCGACGCCCAGGGCACAUCUGGGUCUUUGACGGUGAUUGAUACCACCGGUGUCGGGAUGAACACUCUCAUCUCGACCCACAGCUCGAACACGGCGGGGAAUUCGAUCGUCCUGGAUAAUAUCCUGAAUUCUGGACCCACAGUCAGCGUCGGCGGAAAUGCUAUCCUCAGUGGAAACAUGCCAGACACCUGGGUGCACGGGCAUGUGUACACCCCCGGAGACAAUCAAUUUCAGCCUGAGCAAGGGCGGAUCGUGACGACGGCGCGGACCCCUCCCUUGUUGUCCGGAAAGAAUUACUUUACCAUGGCGCCGCCGACAUACAAGGAAUACGACGUCGGUCAGAUUCUCAACAUCAAAAAUGUCCCUGGGAAGCCGGUUUUGGGUGAUGGCCAGACGGACGACACCAGAAACAUAAACGACAUCCUGUCCAGCAACCGCGACUGUACGGUCUUCUAUUUCCCUGCGGGUACAUACCUAGUCACGGACACCAUUUUCGUGCCGGCCAACACGCGCAUUAUUGGCGAUGCGUACGCCUCGACUAUCAGUGCCGUCGGUAGCAACUUCGCCGAUGAGUCCUCGCCGCGCUCCAUGUUUCGGGUUGGAUACCCCGGCGAUGUCGGGGUUGCGCAAGUCAGUGAUCUGGUCUUUACCGUUGCGGAUGUACUUCCGGGCUGUAAGCUGGUCGAGAUUAAUAUCGCUGCGAAGUCUCCCGGCGAUGUCGGUUUCUGGAACACGCAUUUCCGGAUUGGCGGUGCGGUGGGCAGCAAGGUCGAGAGCAAGUGUACCAACAACGCGAAUGACUGCAAGGCCGCGUGGGGACUUCUGCACCUGACGACGACAUCGUCUGCCUACAUUGAAAACAUGUGGGGAUGGACGGCCGACCACGACCUGGACGGAAACAACCCGCAAACCAUCUCCACGGGGCGCGGGAUUCUCAUCGAAGGCACCGCCGCGACCUGGCUGAUCGGCACCGGAUUCGAACACAACACCCUUUACCAGUACAACUUCGAGUACGCCCGCAACGUCUUCACCGCGAUGCAGCAAAGCGAGUCUCCAUACUGGCAGGGCCAGGGGAGCAGUGCUCUCAACCCCGCCCCGUGGGACGACUACCUGACCAGCAGCGACCCGGACUAUAGCUACUGCGAAGCUGAUGACAGCAAGUGUCGCAUGGCGCUGUUCGAGCGGAUCCACGGCUCAUCCGACCUGUUCCUUUACGGGGGCUGCAACUGGGUGUUCUUCAACAACGGCGGCAACUGUGAUGGUGAUUGCCAGACGAACGCCAUCCAGGUGCGAAACUCAACCUCUGUGUAUAUGUAUGGCACCAACACCAAGAGUACAACAAAUAUGGCGAUUGAAGGCACCAAGCCCAUCGCGCGGCAGAGCGACAAUGCCGGCGGAUGGGGAGGUGUGCUGGCGGCGUAUCUAUAUGAUUCAUAGUGGGAUGCAGAAUAACCAAGCAAGGAAUCCC